GACCUAUGACGAUUGACAGUGCAAAAAAGAUAAAGAAGAAAGACGUGGCGGCACUAACGCGUUGGUUCAGCGUCACCUCCGCCCAUCUCAGAUCCAAUUCAGAAUCAGCUCGCUCGUGUUACUUAAAACAGAACAAGAAGAUUCUUCAAAGCAACAACUUCGAAAAGUGUAAGGAAAUUAUGUCAUCAAACGAAGAAAAUGUCAAGAAAGAGAAACUUCAUGUUAAAAUGAAGACGGAGGAAUUAGAUCCCAACGAGAAGGGAGAGAAUGUUGAGGUGGAGAUGGAAGUUAAGGCCAAGUCUGUUGAGAAGGUUAAAACAAAGAAAAACGAAGAAGAGAGUGGAGAGAAAUCAAAGAAGGAAAAUGAAAAAGAAAAAAUAAAGGGCAAGAAGGAUGACCCAAAGGUAGAAGAAGAUAAACAUGACAAGAAGAAAGAUGAAGAAAAUGUUUCCAAGAAACAUGGGGAACAUGAAGAAGGUCAUGGAGAUAUGGAAACGGAAGAGAAAGAUAAGGAACACAAGAAGGAAAAGAAGGGUAAAGAGAAGAACCAGGAGGAUGUAUCGCAACAAAAGGAGUUAAAAGAAGAGGGAGAAGGUAAAAAGAAGAUUAAAGAGAAGGAUGAAUCAGGCGCAGAGGGAAAAAAAAAGACGGAUAAAGAGAAGAAACCGAAAGAAGAAUCCAAGAGUAAGGAAGACAAGAAGAAGAAAAAAGAAGAGAAGGAUGAGCCUAAGGAAGAAGUUGAAGGAAAGAAGAAGAAGAAAGAGAAGAAAGAACAAGAUAUGGAGGGUUUAGACUCUGAUGUAAAAGUGGAAGAGCAAGAUAAAGAAGACAAGAAGAAAAAGAAAGAUAAAGAGAAGAAACACACGAAUGUGUCAAAACAGAAGGAGGAGUUACAAGAAGAAGAUGAAGGCAAAAAGAAUAAGAAGAAAGAGAAAGAUGAACCAGGUGCAGAGGACAAAAAGAAGAAGACAGAUAAAGAGAAGAAACUGAAAGAAGACAAGAAGAUAAAAAAGGGAGAGAAAGAUGAGCUUGAAGAAGAAGAUAAAGGAAAGAUGAAAAAAGAGAAGAAAGAAGAUGAAGCAACAGAUCAAGAGAUGAAGGAAGAAGAUAUUAAGGAGGGAAAGAAAAAGAAGAAUAAGGAUAAGGAUAAGAAAAAGGAAACGGAUGAUAUAUGUGAGAAAGAAGCAGAAGAUGAAGAUGAGAAUGAAGAAGAAAUAAAGCAAAAAAACAAAAAGAAAAAAGAGCCGAAGAUGAAGAAGGACGAAAAAGAUAAUAAAGUUGACAAGGAGGAGGAAAACAUUGUCACUGAAGUAUUGUCUAGAGAGAUUAAAUUUGAAGAGCCAGAAGCUGAUCAGGAAAAGGAAGGGAAGCCGAAAGACAAGAAGAAUAAGAACGUGGAGGAAGGCGCAGAGGGUGAUCAAGAAGGGAAGAAAACAAAGAAGAAAGAUAAAGAGAAAAACAAGAAAAAAGAAUCAAAGGUUGAAGAAGAGACGAAAGCUCAUACUGACGCGGAUGCGAAGGACGUCAAAAUAGUAGGGUCAAAAGCUGAAGAUGGUGAUGAAGAAAAGGGGAAAAAAGCAAAGACAAAAGAAGAAAAGAAAGACAAAGAUGUAAAGAAGCUCAAUGAAACCAAGAAGAAAGGUAAUAACAUUGGUAAGCUGAAAAUGGAACUGGGGAAGAUUGAUGAAAAAAUUGGAGCCUUAACGGAGAAAAAGACAGAAAUUAUGAAUCAAAUUAAAAAGGCAGAGGGAGAGCAAUAAUGAAACACGGUGAAACAGACAAGUUGAGAGCGUCUGAGAAUGUAAGUAGAGACUAAGCAACAUCCACAUCGAAGCUGAGGCUAUAUGUUUCUUGGUACAGUUGCACUGUGACUUAAAAGUUUAUGUUUUUGUGUGUCUGUUUGUGUUGUGUGACAAACUAAUAUGGUUCUUGUUUUACCUUUGAUGAUGUAAUUUUAUGUAAUUCAUUUUCGAUCGUAGUCUUUUAAAAAAGAAAAAACUAGUCUUGUGUCUACGAUCAUACGAGCAAACACUAGAAACUUGCACAUCUGUCUCUACUUCAUGCAAUUUAAAAUAUCACACUUCAGAGUUUAGACGAUCGAAAAUAUAACCUGUUGUUUGAAAAAUUAGAAUAUUAACCCAAAAAGAAAAACA